AUAAUGAAAUCUUGCUUGAAAUCGUCUUUGUAAUCUUGUUCUUGUAAAAUGUACAUUUUUAGACUGUGUAUAAAAAAAUAUUGCUUGCAGUGAUUUGCCCCUCGAAAGCAUUUAUGGGGUGAGUUUUUUUGGCAAUGUGCAGAUUACAUCAGGGUUCCACAGAUGUGAGCUGGAGGAAGGUUUUGAGGAAGGCCAAUGUAUCGCUUGACAAGAUUAUAUAAAAUGAGAGGAAUAUACUGUUGUGCUUGAAUUUUUCUUUUUGGCAAACCAAACUAUCAAUGGUUUUACGUAAAAGCAAAUUUCAUCUGGAGGAAGAUCGGGGCGUUCUGUUUAAUGGUAUCAUGGAAUCAGGGAUCGAAUCACAACAGCUUGAUCAAGAGAUCUCAAAUGUUUACUAACGUUUUUAGUUUUCUUGUUAAAAAUCAAAAGCGUACUUUCAAUUGGCAUCAAAUUGACCGUUUCAAGGUAUUUAAAUUCAAUAAUCUCGAUUGUCAUGUCGUUUUGUGCUUAUUGUUGAACUAAAAAAAAUCUAUUGUUUCAUUUGAUCAGUUUCCAAUCUGCUGAUUUAUUUAGAUCCCUGUUUGUCUUGUAAUGUGUCAUGCUCAGUCAUGCUGCAGAAUCUUUUGAGAGCAACUCAACCAUAGGGCGUGUCACGCCUACCGCUGUUGAAAAUUUGUCUGGUAGUUGCCUCUCUCUAUGGCUAGAUGAAGCACGAGGUCAGUUGUUGUAAUACGAUAGUGUUUACGCAAUGAACAGCAGAUAAUUUUUCGCUCACUUGCAUGGAUUGUUUUGUAUUGUUAUGGAGUAAUGGAUGGAAAUGUUGCUCACCAGGCACAAAGGAGGAAAAUAGGCUCUUGGUUUGUUCUCCUGCAACCUACCAAGUUUGUGUGCACCGUCUGGGCUAAUUCAGAUGAACAUUAACGUAGACACUCACUCUUUUUAUUUCUUAUAACAAACAAGGGCAGUGGCGGCCCCACGGGGUGGGAUGGGGUGUACAUGUCCAAGGCGGAUCCAUACUUCAGUAAUCUGUGCAAAUGCAAAAAUCAGAUUGUUACAGCCAUAGACCGAGAUACAACUUUUUGUUCGGGAGGGGGGUGUCAACCCUGAUAAAUAAGUGUAACAACGGACAUAUUUUACGAAAUAAAAGUAUUUUACUUAAAUUUUUCUUGGGGGGGGGGGAGCAAGGCUCCCGGUAUCUCUGUACUUGGUAACAAUAACAAAACAAAAAUAGAAUCCAUGAGAAUCUUCCCGUCCUAAUUCUGCUCCCAUCGAUACCAACAGCAUACAUAAGGCAGAUAUUUAUUUUGCUGACUUUAUUUUACCCUCUGUACAGAACUGUCAGCCGGCAAUUCUAGGCAAUUCUCUGGUUCGUGGUUUCUGAAUCCAGUAGCUUGUUUGCCCCUUGAGAACCAUCACCACUUGCUUGACCUAUGCAAACGUGUUGUAAACCAAUCAGGGUUAGCCUGCGCCCCAGUCCACAAAUGCAGCCACAUCUAUGGACUGUGCAAUAUUGAUAAACAUCCUGUCCAGGUAGAGGGCUGGGUCUUGUCUAUGAAAAUAACUUAUGCAAUGAGACAAAUGAAGUCUUGCAAGAAAAAUCCACGAAGAAAUAUGCACUGAAACUAAACAGGACGUAGAUAAAUCUUGCGAGAUUGGAACCGUUGACAAUUUCAGCUAACUGCAUAAUUUUGUGCAUUGUUUGAUGUAACCAAAGAAAUGGAAGUUGACUGUCUCUAGAGUGUCUUCUAAACUGUACUGCCAUGUCACCAUCUCGGCCUGUCAAAUCACAGCCAGUCUUUCCCAAACAGAACUGCCAUAUCUUCUUCGCUCACAGCUUCGGCAAGCCAAAAUCAUCCAGAUACAACAAAAUUCCAAUAGAUAGCUUCGUCCUCAGUCCUUUUUGCCCAUUUACCUUUGCAUCAUUCAUGAGAUUUCUAAAAAAGUUAAAAAUUUGGUUUUCUGGCGUUCAAUAUUUAUUCUUUAAAAAAGCUUUUCAAAUAAACAGGAAGGCGUGCUAACUGUCUACCAUCCAUGAUUAGAAAGAACUUUUUGUCAGUGAAUCCUAAUUCCUUCAGGAACAUACGCAAGGCGUGUACAGCCCUGCCUGAACAGCAUCGCGCGUUCUAUGAGGACAGACGAAUAAAGCAGUUAUUCUUUCCUACAAAUUUUCAUUUAUUUUUCAGGUCUCAAUUUUGACAACAAAACAUAUGAAGACGCGUAAGAGCACUGUAAAGCAUGUUGAAUAUCAAUUACCGAAUCCACAGUUAGCAGAAAACAUUCUUGGUUUGCAAGGUGAUACAUCGCUUGCAUUAGGACCCCGUGCCUUUUUAAAUGCACUUCGAGAGUUCUCUCAGCUUCUACUAGACUCUUGCUUUGCAAUGCUGGAAAACGACAAUGUGCUUCGAGAGAUAAAGGACGCAGACAUGAUCGUGACAGUAUCGCUAAUGUCAUGUGGGCACUAUAUUGCUGAUAUUUUUAACAAGCCUACGAUAACUCUGCAUUUAGCUGCGUUAUCUCUUAUCGCCUCGGAGACUGGAGUUCCAACCCUUGCUAGCUUCGUUCCGAUGGUGCUAUCUCCGUUUAGUGAUAAAAUGUCUUUCUUGGAGCGGAUAAAGAAUUUCCUCGCGUAUAGAACUAGGGACAUCCUUGUGAAUUACUGGAUGACAUAUUGGUUUAGAGUGCUGCAAUCUGCAAACGACUGGAUGAGCAAAGGGAGCUACUCUGAGGUCAUCGGAAAAGCGGAGAUGGUCAUAGUGCCACUUGACUUCUCAUAUCAGUAUGUAACCCCAAUAAUGCCCAAUAUCUUUUUUGUUGGAGCAUUUUUGACAAAACCAUCAAAGGAGCUAGAUGCAGAUCUUGAAGAGUUCAUGCAAAGCUCUGGAGAGCACGGGGUUGUGCUAAUCGCUUUUGGGAGUACAACGUGUAAAAUGGAUCAAUUAAUUGUGGAAAGAAUCCUAACUGCCAUUUCACGCAUGAAGCAAAAGUUCAUCUGGAAAAUGACACCUACCGAAAAUCUGAAGCUUCCUCCAAACCUGAAAGCGCUGAAAUGGGUACCCCAGAAUGACAUUCUUGGCCACGAAAAGACCAAGGCCUUCGUUAGUCACAUGGGCAUAAACGGAGCCGCUGAAGCUGCGUAUCACGGUGUGCCGAUAGUCGCUGCGCCUUUCAAUUUUGAACGGGUCCAUAAUGCAAUCCUGUUUUCUACGAGAGUGAAAAUGGCGAAGUUUGUUGACAUUGAAAAUGCUGACGCAGAGGCAUGGCAGCGAACUAUCGAAGAAGUGAUUCACAACUCAAGCUACAAGGAGCAUGCAAUAAUGACGUCAAAACGUAUGCGAAGCUGGCCUAAAUCAGGCACAGAGAGAGCCGGAGAUCUUGUUCAGUAUGCACUUGAUAAUGGUGGACGUCUGCCUCAUUUGAAGUCAAACGCAAACACUCUGUACUGGUUCAAAUACUACUGUGUCGACGUCAUUGCGUUUUUGCUUGCGCUUGCAGUGCUGUUGCCCUUAGUAAUCUUUAAAAUGCUGAGAUUCUUGCUUUCGUUGCUUUGGAAGAGUAGAGGGAAGUCGAAGGAGGAUUCUCGUUUGAAAAUGGGUGUCUUCGGCGAUGCGCUUGUCUCCUGGUUGGUAAGCACUUAUGUCCUGGCAGCAUUGCAGAGCCAUGGAGCUUGUGAAAAGGCAAAAUCAAAGAUUGUUUUUAUGACAAUUCCAUUCGCAAACAGCCCAUAUUUCAAUUCUUUGGAACUUGCAGAGCAGAUGGCUAGCAGGGGACACGAGGUCUCGAUUCUAACAACCAAGUUCCUGAAGAAACGGACGAGCACUGUAAAACAUAUUGAUUAUCCAUUACCGAAUCCACAGAAGAUAGAAAAACUGCAAGAUUUGGCAGGCGAUGUAUCAAAAGAUUUUGGUCCCCGUACCUUUAUAAAUGCGGUACGAGAUGUAUCGCAGCUGUUUCUUGAUUCUUGCUUUGCGAUGUUGAAAACCAACGACACAAUGAAAGUCAUCCAAGAAGCAGACAUGAUCGUGACAAUAUCAGUGAUGCCAUGUGGACACUAUAUUGCUGAUAUAUUCGACAAGCCAACAAUAUUACUCCACCCAGCUUCAUUUUCUUUUAUCGCCUCAUAUACUGGAGUUCCCGAUCUUGCUAGCUUUGUCCCGAUGGUCACAGGUCCGUUUACUGAUGAAAUGUCUUUCAUCGAGCGAGUACAAAAUUUUCUCACCUAUAGAAUCAGGGAUAUCAUUGUGAAGGCUUUCUUAACAUAUUGGUUUAGAGACCUACAGUCGGCAUACAACUGGAAAAGUAAAGAUAGUUUCACUGAGCUUUUUGGAAAAACAGAGAUGGUGAUAGUGCCAAUGGAUUUUGCUUAUCAAUAUGUCUCUCCGAUCAUGCCUAAUACGUAUUUUGUUGGACCAUUGUUGGCAAAACCAUCAAAAGAGUUACCUGAAGAUCUUGAAGAGUUUAUGCAAAACUCAGGAGAGCACGGAGUUGUGUUGCUUGCUUUUGGUAGUGCAGUGUGUAAUAUGGACCAAGCCAUUGUUGAAAGAAUUCUAACUGCCAUUUCACGCAUGAAACAAAGGUUCAUUUGGAAACUAAAAUCCACGGAAAACUUGACAAUCCCCCCAAACCUGAAAGCACUGAAAUGGGUACCCCAGAAUGACAUUCUUGGCCACGAAAAGACCAAGGCUUUCGUUAGUCACAUGGGCAUAAACGGAGCCGCUGAAGCUGCGUAUCACGGUGUGCCGAUUGUCGCUGCGCCCUUUAAAGGCGAACGGUUCCAUAAUGCAAUUCUGUUCUCUAAGAGGGUAAAAAUGGCAAAGUUUAUUGACAUUGUAAAUGCUGACGCAGAUACAUGGCAACGAACUAUCGAAGAAGUCAUAUACAAUUCAAGCUACAAAGAGCAUGCAAUGAUGACGUCAAAACGUAUGCGAAGCUGGCCAAAAUCAAGUGCAGAAAGAGCCGGAGAUCUUGUUCAAUACGCUCUUGAUAAUGGCGGCCGUCUGCCUCAUUUAAAGUCAAAAGCAAACACUCUGUACUGGUUCCAAUACUACUGUGUCGACGUCAUUGCAUUUUUGCUUGCGCUGGCAGUGUUGUUGCCCGUAGUUAUCUUUAAAAUGCUGAGGAUCUUGCUUUCGUUGCUCUGGAGGAGUAGAGAGAAAUCGAAGAAGGAUUCUCUUUCUGUGAAAAUGGGCGUUCUCGGUAUGUUGGUCUGCGCUUUUGUCCUGGCUGCGUUGCAGAGCCAUGGAGCUUGCGAAAAGGCAAAAUCGAAGAUUGUUUUCAUGACGGUUCCCAUUGCAAAUAGCCCAUAUUUCAAUUCUUUGGAACUUGCUGAGCAGAUGGCUGACCGGGGACACGAGGUUUCAAUUUUUACAACAAAAUACCUCAAGAAGCGAAAGAGCACUGUAGAGCAUAUUGAUUACCAGCUCUCCAAUCCAGAACUUGUUGACAGGUUGAAUGCAUUAAUGAGUGAUGUUACAACAAGUUUUACGCCACUUUUGUUUGUGAGGACAGUGAGAGAUAUCUUGGAUUUCCUACUAGACUCUUGCUUUGCUAUACUUAAAAAUGAUGACACAAUGAAAAAGAUACAAGAAGCAGACAUGAUUGUGACAUUAUCAUUGAUGCCUUGUGGGCACUACAUUGCUGACAUAUUUGACAAACCUACCAUAACAUUGCACCCUGGUGCAUUAUAUGUUAUUGCCUCACUCACCGGAGCUCCAAGUCCCCCAAGUUAUGUCCCAACAACAGCAGCCAGGCUAACAGAUGAAAUGUCUUUCUUGGAGAGAGUAGAAAAUUUUCUUAUGUACAAAAUAAAAGAUGUUGCAAUGGAUUUUGGGAUCAGCUAUUAUUUUAGAGAACUGCAGUCUGCUUAUGGUUGGAAAAGCAAAGGCAGUUUCUCUGAAGUAUUUGGCAAAACAGAGAUGGUCAUAGUGCCAGUUGACUUUGCAUACCAGUAUGUCAACCCUUUAAUGCCAAAUACCUUUUAUGUUGGGCCAAUUCUACCAAAAGCACCAAAGGAGUUGCCAAAAGACCUUGAAGAGUUCAUGCAAAACUCAGGAGAGCACGGAGUUGUGUUGCUUGCUUUUGGUAGUGCAGUGUGUGAUAUGGAUCAAGUAAUUGUUGAAAGAAUUCUAACUGCCAUUUCACGCAUGAAACAAAGAUUCAUCUGGAAACUGAAAUCAACAGAAAACUUGACAAUCCCCCCAAACCUGAAAGCACUGAAAUGGGUACCCCAGAAUGACAUUCUUGGCCACGAAAAGACAAAGGCUUUCGUUAGUCACAUGGGCAUAAACGGAGCCGCUGAAGCUGCGUAUCACGGUGUACCGAUUGCCGCUGCGCCCAUCAAAGGUGAGCGAGUCCACAAUGCAAUGCUAUUUUCCAAGAAAGUGAAAAUGGCGAAGUUUAUCGACAUAGUAAAUGCUGAUGCAGAGACAUGGCAAAGUUCCAUCGAAGAGGUUAUUUAUAAUUCAAGCUACAAAGAGCAUGCAAUGAAGGCGUCAAAACGCAUGCGAAGCUGGCCAAAAUCAAGUGCAGAAAGAGCCGGAGAUCUUGUUCAAUACGCUCUUGAUAAUGGUGGACGUCUGCCUCAUUUGAAGUCAAACGCAAACACUCUGUACUGGUUUCAAUACUACUGUGUCGAUGUCGUUGCGUUUUUGCUGGCGCUCGCAGUGUUAUUACUCUUAGUUAUCUGUAAAAUGUUGAGACUCAUGAUUUCAUUUCUCUGUGGAAGAAGGUCAAAGUCAAAGGAAGAUUAGAACAGUUUCUUCUGCCAAUUUUUUCAAAUUAUUGGAAUUUUUCCGAAUUCCGAAUGGCUUUUUUGCUGGCUGAACUAUUAUUGUGCACUGCUCUUCUCUUGUUUUGAAGUUCUUGUCCCUAUUUGUUCAUUCACUGUCAGUCAAUGUUUAGAAAGGAUCUUUGAUUCACCUUUUAUCGACUUGUUAUUCAUCGAUAGCAUACACGAUAUCUUCAAAGGCACAUUUGAGUAGAGUCACAGAUGUAAACGAUUCCAAAACACACGUUGAAUAUUAUACAAUGUAAAUAUGCUGAUUAUGGGCCUAUUUAUAAUGGGUAGUUGUGUAAUAUAAAUAUUUGAUUUCAUCAAAAGAAAUGGCUACGUGCUUUUGUCAAUCGUUAAGAAAGUGCAUUUCA